AUGAAGAGGAUCAUCAGCUCAGAGGAGCUAGAAGUGUGUGAAGAGGUUGGGCGAGGCGGCUUUGGUGUGGUCUAUAGAGGAGUGUUGAAGGAGACGGGAAAGGAAGUUGCAAUCAAACAGAUAGACCUAGAGAGCGACCUGGCGGAUAUUUUCGAGGUCAAUCGGGAAAUUACCAUUCUAUCCGAAUGCAGAAUUCCACAGAUUACGCGUUACAUUGGCUCGUUUGUGAAAAAGUAUAAAUUGUGGGUGAUUAUGGAAUAUGUGAGUGGAGGAAGCUUGUUCGAUUUGUUGAAGGCUGGACCCAUUACAGAUGAGAGGCUAGUGGCUGCAAUUGCAAAAGAAGUGCUUAUAGCGCUUGCUUAUUUGCACGGUCAGGGUAAAAUUCAUCGGGAUUUGAAGUCUCAAAAUAUCUUGCUAGGGCAUGGGGGAGAGGUUAAGCUUACGGAUUUUGGCGUGUCGACUCAACUUUCAUCAAAUUUUUCAAGGAGAAAUACAACUGUAGGGACACCCUACUGGAUGGCUCCAGAGGUGAUUCUCAACAGUACCGGUGGACACAGUUAUAAGGCUGACAUAUGGUCCUUAGGGUGCUGCGUUUUCGAGCUCAGGAAUGGCAAGCCACCUUUGCAAGAACAUUUCGCCCCAAUGAAAGCCCUACGACAAAUAUCGAGCUGUAGAACAGAUAGCGAUUUCUGGGAGCUUAUACAGACAGAACUGAGCAAGAACUGGUCACACGAAUUGCUAGAUUUUUUUCAGAAGUGCUUCGUAAUGCAACCACGAGAUCGAUGGUCUGCCACUCGAUUGUUACGACAUAGCUUUAUAAAGAAAGCGGAUGGCAUCUCGGACGAGCAGAGGAAAAAAGAUCUUCGAAGGUUGAUCACAAAGAAACAUUUGUGGGAUCAAGAAAACCACAUUACCAAGACCAAGAGGUAUUACGCACCUACAGAGAUUCAGAAAAAUCAAGAGAAAUGGAUCAAUGGCGGUGCUGAAGCUCACAAAGGCAGCAGCAGACUUGCAUUUGACUUGAGCUCAGAUAACGAGAAUAUGCCUUUGGCUGACGACAAGUCUUCUCCUAGCAAGACUUCUCCAUCGCCAACGCCCAGCUCCGUGUACGCGAAAAACGAAGGAGACGGGAGCAACACAAAACAAGAAUUCAUAAAAAUCCUCAAUCGAGUGUUUCAAAAGAUGGAGCGCAGAACUAACUUGAUGACAGAGCAGUACGACCAAAUCGUACAGCUUAACGAAAUCUUUUUUCAGCUCUUCAUCACAGCACAAUCCAGCGACAGUCCGAAUGACUCUCCAAAUCGUAUUCUAGCUGCGCAAUAUUUGAAGUAUCUAUUCAAGGAGGUGGCACGUCCUCUGCUGGAAAACAGCGCCAGGCAACAACUACAACGACUCAUUCUACCAUCGUCUUUGCAAAAUACUGUGGUGUCAGAACGAAAGCCCUUCGAAAAAAGUAGCAAUAGCAGCACGCUAGACGAAAUCAAUAGAAGUCUUCUUGAAUCGUGGCUCGAGAAGAUGAAGACAAACUGA